GGGGGGUGACGUCUAAAGGGGCGGAAUGGCGGAGCCCGGGGCAGAUUCAGGCGAGCUCAGCCUCAUGGACAAAGGCAUCAAAAGUUUAGCAGAAUUACCUUUAAGUUCAGAACUUCACACACUGAACCUGCACUGUAACCAGAUCUCCCGGAUUGAAAGGCUUGACCACAUGUUGAAUUUACAGCAUCUGGAUCUAUCAUCAAAUCGCAUACAUUGGAUUGAAGGGUUAAGUUCCCUCACUAAUCUGCGUACCUUAAACUUGGCUUGUAACUUAAUAACAAAAGUUGAAGGACUGGAAAAAUUAUUUAACUUAACCAAAUUAAAUUUGUCUUACAACCGCAUACAUGACCUUACAGGGCUCCUGUAUCUCCGUGGAACCAACUAUAAAGUUAGACACGUUGAGCUUCACAGCAAUUGUAUCGGUAACGUUAACCAUUUACUCCAGUGCCUGAGUGGAUUACAGUACCUGACCAAUCUUACCUUAGAGAAAAAAGGAAAAAGUAAUCCAGUGUGUGCCAAAAUAGGUUACAGAGAGAUCCUGCUUCAGGCUUUACCCCAGCUAACCAUCCUAGAUGGAAGGAAUAUAUUUGGUGAACCAAUAAACUCAGUGGAAGCAAACUCAUCAGAUUUGAAGUGCUUAGAAGGUCUUUUAGACUGCUUGGCCUCAUCCAGUUCUCCUGUAGAUGAAGAAGAGGCUUGGAUUGAUUUGCCAGUUUUGACACCCCGUAUUGAUCAGGUAUUAGCUCAGUUUCACCAGCGUACAAAUAUACCGACCUGGCCCACUGUUAGCUCUUCCACUGAGGUCAUAUUGUCUUCUGAGCCAGAAAGAAUUAAACUCGACUGUGACAUGAGAAUAAAAAAACUAGAGGAUCAGAUAUCGCACCUCCUGGAAAAGGUGGCUAAUUCCUCAAAAGCUGGCAUUGCUCUAAAUAUUUUGAAAGCCAAAAGAGAGACAGAUGUCACUUCAGAGAGUGAUGGUGAAAGCGGAAAAGAAAACAGAAAGGUGGCGAAAAGAAGCAGGUUCCCUGGUAAUCGAAAAGCAACGUUAUCUACCAAGAACUGUCCUCAGAGAGGCAAAAUCUCCGACAGGGGAGAAGAGCAGACAUGCAUAAGGUCAAAAAAGCAAUCAUCCCAAGUCAAAGAAGAAAAUUCAAGUCCAACCUCAGAAGUACCAAGCCUGGAAAUAGUGGGGCAAUCACCCAAGAAAUUGAGUGGGCAGAAAAGUAAAGUGAAAAACUCGAAAAGUUUGGUUUCUAGUACUCAAGAAGAAUCUACUUAUAGGGCACUAAUUCAAGAACUGGAUCAGGAGAGAGAGAAGAGGUGGAAGGCUGAACAAGCUGAAAAAAAACUCAGUGAAAAUAUCAAAGACCUGCAGAACCAAGCAAAAGAGGAAAAGAAUAUUCAAACUAUGGCUGUGUAUACUACAGAUAGGCUAAGAGACCUGGUUCUGAGAGAGAGAAAUGCAAAGACAAAACUUCAGAUUGACAUUCAGCAAUUGAAAGAGGAAGCUGAGAGACUUGGCAAGGAGCUGGAGCAGUCAAAGCAAAAAGAGGAGGACCAGCAAAAGGCACUGCAGACUUUAGAAGAAGCGCUGUCCAAGAUGGAGACGCGAAGGGUACAGCAGCAAGCUUCCGAGACGAAACGCAUUCAAGCAGCGGAACUUAAAGCAACAGCCGCUGAGCGAGAAGUGCAGUUACUUCGAAUAUCUCUCCAGCAACAAAAAGAGAAGAUGGAACAAGUCCAUGAACUUCUUAUGCUGAGAGAGCAGGAACACAGAAAAGAACUUGAAACUAGAGUUACGUUAAAUGGCUCAGAAUUCCAAGAAGCUCUGUCAAAAGAAAUGGCUAGAGAGCAACAGAGUCAUGAACGCCAUGUUAAAGAACUUCAGGAGAAGGUGCGUCUGUUAAACCAGAAUUACAAAGAUCUAGAAGAUGAGUUUCGUAUCGCCUUAACUAUAGAAGCCAAAAGAUUUACAGAGGUUAAAGAAGCUUUUGAUGAAGUUGCUGCUGAGUUGGCUGAACAUAAGCGUGUUCUGGUCCAGUCUCAGCAGAAAGAAAAGCAAUCGGCUACUCUUAUCCAAGAGCUGACAUCCAUGGUGAAAGAACAAAAAGCUAAGAUCACUGCAGUAGUCAAAUCAAAACAAGAAACAACAUACAACUUGAAAAGUCAAAUCCGAACACUUGAAAAUAUGGUGGAGGAAGAUAAACGGAAGACUAUUGAUCUUGCACUUCUUAAACAGGAAAAAUCGAAGCUUAUUUCACAGAUAACAGCCCAGGAGUCUGUAAUUGAUGGAUUAAAAGCAGAAAGGAAACUAUGGGGACAGGAGCUGGCACAACAAGGGGCUUCCCUUGCUCAAGAUCGAGGAAAAUUGGAAGCCAAAAUAGAAGUUCUAACUAGUGAGAAUGAGACUCUGAAGAAACAAAACGACCAUAACAACGAUGCGUUGAAGAUUAAGUCAAAAAUACUGGAGGAUCAAACUGAAACCAUUAGAAAGUUAAAAGAAGCCUUACAGGAACGAGAUGAGCAAACAAGAAAGCGUCGUGAAGAAAGUACUGAAAUCCAGAAGAGAUUUCAGGUACAACUAGAAGAAAAAGAUACGCAGUUGGAUGAGCUAAUGGAAAAGUUAGAAAGGCAAAAUGAGAGAAAAGAGGAGUUAAAACAGCAGGUGCAAGAAAAAGAUGCAGAGCUCGAAGAUAUCAAGAAAUCUUAUAGUGCAAUGAAUAAAAAGUGGCAAGAUAAAGGAGGAUUGCUGAGCAAGCUUGAAGUACAAGUUAAACAAAUGAAGGAAAAUUUUGAUAUCAAGGAGAAGCAGUUGAUUGAGGAGAGAGACAAAAGUCUUCAAGCACAGAAGGCUAUGAUGGAAAAGCUGCAUUCUAUGGAUGAUGCUUUCCGAAGACAGCAUGAAUCAACGCUAGCAGCACAUCAAGCAGAACUGGUGCAGCUAGCAAAUGAAAAGCAAAAACAAAUUGUGGCAGCAAAAGAAAAGGUUUACCAGGUUGAAGAAGAAAUGCGUCAGCUACUUCAAGAAACUGCAAGCAACAAAAAGGCAAUGGAAGAGAAAAUGAAACGACUUACAGUUGCUUUGAGUGACAUGCAGCAAGAGAUCUGAAAUAUACCGAAAAUCUGACAAACUUUUAGGGCCUUUUACUAAAUUCAGGGAAAUAGUGAACAAUGUACUUGAUGGCUGCUACUAUAUAAAAAAAACCCUGGGAAAAUGCUACAUAUGGGCAUGACAUAUUUGCACUUUAUGUACAAUAUUUUCAGAAUAAAUAGUUAUAUUUGUUGUAUCUUCUACUGUUAGUGACCCUCACUGAGAUGUUAAAGACAAAAUGUACUACAAAAAAGUGAAGAGUUAUGAUCUAUUAAAAAU